ACGUGUCAAAAGGAAAUGAUUAAUCGGGCAAUAGAAUUCGCAGAAGAAUCCAAAAAAUGUGACCAUACUUGCGUAAGAUACUGGCGAGUUCACGAAAAUCGCAGCGUCGCUUUCGGUCGCAAUUUCGGUACAAGUUGAAUGACUUGGUGUCGCCGCUUCUGCAAACGCGUAAAGAAAAUACGGGACAGCAAGAUGAGGGUUCGAAAUAUGUAAAUGUUACGGCGUGUUGCGAACGUUCCCGCAAGAUCGAUCGCAAGCGAUCUGAGGCGAUAUUAAAAUUUCUGACUAAACUUAAAAUAGUCAAGUCAUCGAAGAGUCAGGUACAACAUAACGAUUGCAAAUCUGUGACUUCCAAUUGUAGCAUUAGUCAUGCUGGAGAUACGAUGAAUUCAUCAUUGCGUCGCAAUACAUGCGAAAAUGCGAUCGAUAAAAAACCUAUCGACUCAACGAUUGCUGCAAAGAGUAAACCAGUACCGAAAUCCCCUGUCAUAGCUUAUGAUUAUGAGGCAGCUAUUAGUCAGCCUGACAUUCCCAUAUAUUCAAAAAUUGAUAAUAACACGCAGAACGCGAGUUGGUCGGAGUCCAAUGAUGAAUUGCCAGCACCGAUUAAUAAAAGAAAUUUUUAUGUUACCGAAAAAACAAGUUUUACUACUAAAAAAAGGAGAAUUAUUUCUAAAUCGAAGAUACAAGCAAAAAAGGUUACAAAACCUCGUCCAUCAAUUUACGAUGCCAUUCGGAUUAAAAAAGAAUUAUUACCUUCCUCAAAAAUUAUUCGAAACAUUGAAAAUUAUAGACAGGAAAAUAACGACGGAGUUAUUCCGAAUUGCCAAAUGCCACUUAAUCAAAAUUUGAUACAUUCUCGAGAUGUUCAGGAGACGCUGGAAAUCGUAAAAAAUGGCAAAAAUCUUACGAGAAAAGUUACCAACGUAUUUCAAGAAAAUUCUAAUAAAAUUGAUAAAGAUACAAGAUCGUGUGUCCCUCAAAAUAAGAUCAGCAAAAUUCCACGUAUAAAACCACCGAUAAAACCAAAUUCCUUUUUAUCUAUAAAUGGACAAUCUCGUGAUUAUCCGAGUGCAAAAUUAUCAUUGAAAAAUGAAUUAAAAUAUUCCACGGAAUCUUCCGCAGACGAUGAAGAAGAAAAGAUAUUCAAUUUGAAGAGGGAAACUUUAUAUGCUCUGGAUUAUAAAAAAACCAAAAACAUUUUACCAAUCGUUAAUGAAAAUUCAAAGUUUUCGUGCCAUGAAAAAAAUUCAGAAAUGGAUGCUGAUGAAGAAUUCGAGGGAGAUCUGUUGACUCCAACAAAGAAUUCGCCGAUCGUUACAGACACUGGCGAUGAUCCGCGUUCUGCUACAUUGUUAAAAAGUUUGGCUCUAAAAUGCGAAUGUCGAUCAUGCAAUGAUUAUAAAUACGCUUCUACUAUUUGUACUGAUCAACAUACCGAAACCGAAUCCUGGAGCUCUCCCGCGAUAGAAAAUAUGAAAAAAUGGAAAUCUAUGAGGCAUCGUAAGUUCAUCGAUGCGAGUUCCGAAGAUUUGGACUUGUUAUCGGAUUAUAACGCUAUUAAUUAUAACAAGACAAAAAAGAAAAAUAAUGGAUUGAAUGUGGGUCAUACUACGAAACAACCCUCGAUAGUUCACACUAAAAUGAAAACUUAUCAAACAACCAGUUUCUCCUUUUUUAAUGUCUUCUUUGAUAUUGUUUUUUGGCCUUUCAUUUUCGUUCGUGCAAAACAAUGA